AUGGCUGCCCUAAUGGUGGAACCAUCUACGAGGCUUUACGCCGCUGCAUUCUUUCGGCCUACUUCGCGCGAAGCGAUCCAGUUUGAGUUUGGCAGACGCAGUCGAUAUUCCCUUCCAAUGACAGCAGGAAUGUUGCGCCCGCCACGACAAGCAAAUGCAGCUAUGCCGUUGAGACUUGAACUUCAGUCACUUAAAUAUUCACAUUGGGCUCGUGUCCCUCUUCAUCACGCUCGCAUCCAGAGCAUGAAACUGAGCAACCAGCGUGGCUGGAGCGUCCUCCUAGACGAUUGUGCCAGCCAUGUUGCCAUACAAUUGCCUGACGUUGGACAUUGUCUUUCUAUAAUCGAAAUUGCCGAGCUACCAGAACUAUUGAAGUAA